AUGGAGGAUGAUUUACCGCAAGAGAUUACUAAGCCUGAACCGUCGAUGGAAGAAGAGAAAACGCUUCCAGACGAGCCGCUGCCCGUCGUGACCACUGAAACGGUAUCACCACCAUCAGCCCAAGUCACUAUCAUCCCUUCUGCAGACGAAACUUCAUCUAGUCAAGAGCAUCCGAUGACCGAGGAGACGUUGUCGACAUGCCCUUUCGUCCCGCCUACGACGGCCAAUGAGAUCAUCUCGGCCUAUGGAGGAGGCGGGGCUUCGAGUUCUGAGAUUGAUGAGCAAGACAUCCCGCUGGCUGCUAAGGCCAACCUCACCAGGCUCAGCUCGCACGAGAAAGUCUCGCCUGGAGGCGCGGCUCUCAACCGCAAACGCGGCCUCAUCGGUAGCCCUAAAGGCCGCACCCCCGCCGGAAAACUCGCUCAUCCCUCCGGCUCCCCUCCACCGGGUCCACCGGCCCCCAUCGGCCCCUCCCAUAUCAAAGGCGCACCGUCCGUCGGUAGCUUGCGCUCCCAGUUCGAAAUCACCUCUUCCGCCUCUUCAACUAAUAUCGCUGCUAAUAAAAGACAAUCCGUGAACUCGACCGCCUCCUCCUCUGACCCUUCUAAUCCGAUCCCUAACCCUCCCACUAAUCGAUAUCGCAGAGCUCCUUCUAAGGUUUGA